ACACACAACCACGCGAAAUGAGCCGAGCAGUUAAUAGAGGCGACCUGGCUCAUCAAGCCGGGUAAAAAAAGCGACAAACACCGCCCCUACGAGGCGGUCUACAUCACGGUUGUACCUUCCCUAAACUGACCCUCGCCAAGGUCCUCCUCCUCCUCCGCCUCCGCGGGGGCGGGAGACGCCUGAAUUGCCACUACACGCACACGCGGACAUUGACUAGCAAAACCAUUUGAAAAAGUUCGCGUUUACUCGGCGACGAGACAAAAUGCGGCGCGGUUGUGUCGCAGCUGCACGUCAAGGUCAGAGCAGAAUCCGAGCGACGCCGCCGCCUCGCGAGCGACUUUGCCGGGAAGGGGACGGAAAGACGCGGAGGGGGAUGCCGCUGCCUGUCGCUUGUCUCCAGCAUCAACAAUGACACCUUUCCCCGGAGAGGACAUCCGCGCUUGUUGCAAGUCACGCGGACAAACUUGUUAGAACAUUCCGGAAAAUUUCGUGGUCUUACAUAUUGUACGAUGAGGCUCUUUCAUUUUUUGUGACGUUUCCUGCUUCCCUUCCACGGCCCUCGGCUCCUCACCUGGCUAGCCAAGACACUCCACAUCGGUUAGCUCACCGAAAAAUAUCCCUAUUCCGAGUCUUCGUCAUGGUUCCACACUUGUAGACUCGGUUUGUUCAUGUGGCGAAGUUCGAACCAACAAACGUUCCAACUUCUUGAACUUUAAACAAGCCUCGUCACCUCCAUCUCUUCCCUAAAAUGUCCCCGAGUACAGGCUCGCGUCACCCGGGCGGGUCCGGUAGCAGCUUAUCGGAGCGCGGACUCCUCAUGCUGGUGCUCCUGGUCCUCCUGGUGGUCUCCGUCCUGCCUCUCGGAGCCUCCAGCUCCCCCGACGUGGGUCACGGAGAUGAGUCGAACGACCAUAACGUGGAGAAGGAGCACCACCGCAACUUUACCAAAAAGCCUUUCCCGGUGCUCAGUUUCGAGUACAAACACAUCCAGACCCCCUUCGAGAUCUCAUUAUGGGUCCUACUGGCGUCUUUGAUGAAAUUAGGAUUUCACCUCAUUCCUCGCUUGCCUGGAAUCGUGCCUGAAAGUUGCCUGCUCAUUCUGGUGGGCUUGCUGGUGGGCGGACUUAUCAAACUAGCUGGCCAGAAGGUGCCCCCGGUGCUGGACUCCAACUUGUUUUUCUUCUGUCUGCUUCCGCCCAUCAUCCUCGAUGCCGGCUACUUCUUACCCAUCCGCCCCUUCAUGGAAAACCUGGGCACCAUACUGAUGUUCGCCGUGGUAGGCACGCUGUGGAACGCCUUCUUCAUUGGUGGGCUACUGUACGCCGUCUGUCAGAUCCAGCCCAACAACCCUUCGGACCUGCACUCGUUAGAUAUUCUGGCCUGCCUGCUGUUUGGCUCCAUUAUUUCCGCCGUGGACCCCGUAGCUGUGCUGGCCGUGUUUGAGGAGAUUCAUAUAAAUGAGCUGCUGCACAUCCUGGUGUUUGGCGAGUCGUUGCUCAACGACGCCGUCACUGUGGUGCUGUACCACCUCUUCGAAGAGUUCUCAACUGUGGGCAAGGUGACGGUGCUCGACGGCGUGCUGGGCGUCAUUUCCUUCUUAGUGGUGGCAUUGGGCGGUGUCCUGGUGGGCGCGAUUUACGGCAUCCUGGCGGCGUUCACGUCACGCUUCACGUCGCACACACGCGUCAUCGAGCCACUUUUUGUGUUCGUGUACAGCUACAUGGCCUACCUGUCGGCCGAGAUGUUCCACCUGUCGGGCAUUAUGGCAUUGAUAGCAUGCGGGGCGGUGAUGCGGCCAUACGUGGAAGCCAACAUCUCCCACAAGUCGCACACUACCAUCAAGUACUUCCUGAAGAUGUGGAGCAGUGUGAGCGAGACGUUGAUUUUCAUCUUCCUGGGCGUGGCCACUGUAGAUGGCAAGCACCAUUGGAAUUGGACGUUUGUCACUGUUACCGUCAUUCUGUGCUUGGUGGCACGGGUCAUAGGUGUGGUGGGGCUGACGUACAUCAUCAACAAGUUCCGUAUCGUCAAGCUGACCUCCAAGGACCAGUUCAUUGUGGCCUACGGUGGACUGCGUGGGGCCAUCGCCUUCUCCCUUGGCUUCUUGCUGAAAAAGGAACACUUUCCUCUAAGGAAUAUGUUCCUCACCACCAUCAUCAUCGUCAUCUUCUUCACAGUCUUUGUGCAGGGCAUGACCAUCAAGCCGCUGGUGGACCUGCUGGCCGUGAAGAAGAAACAAGAGGCCAAGCGAUCCAUUAAUGAGGAGAUCCACACUCAGUUCCUUGACCACCUCUUGACUGGCAUUGAGGACAUCUGCGGACAUUAUGGUCAUCAUCAUUGGAAGGACAAACUGAAUCGCUUCAACAAGAAGUAUGUGAAGAAGUGCCUGAUCGCCGGCGAGCGUUCUAAGGAGCCGCAGCUCAUCGCCUUCUACCAUAAGCUGGAGAUGAAGCAUGCCAUUGAGCUGGUGGAGAGUGGAGGCGGUUCCAAAUUGCCUUCUGCCAUGCCUUCUACUGUCUCCAUGCAAAACAUCCAGCCAAAGAAGCCGCAACCCCCCAAGCCCCAGGAGCGUGCUUUGCCUCAGCUCUCCAAAACCCGGGAGGAUGAGAUCCGGAAGAUUCUUCGGGGCAAUCUUCAGAAGACACGGCAGAGGUUGCGCUCCUAUAACCGGCACACCCUAUUGGCCGAUCCGGAUGAGGAGAACAUUGGUGAAUUCCUCCUCAAGAAGCAGAAAAUGAUGGCGUUGGAUAAAAAGAUCAAAGACAUGAAUAACUACUUGACGGUGCCCGCCGCUCCCCCCGACUCGCCGACCAUGUGCAGAGCCAGACUGGCCUCAGACCCUCAAGCCUACAGCAUGAAGCCAGCGUUGGACAGCGUUCCCACCAUCCAGGUGGACCUGGCUUCCCCCCAGUCACCUGACUCGGUCAACGUCUUGGAUGAGUUCCAUCAGCAGGCGGCGGCAGAAGGCGAGGACGACGGCGGUCUCACCAUGAUACCGCCCGCCGCGCCCAAAGAGCGGCAUAAGGAGGAAGAGCUUGACGCCAGCGCUCGAGAAAAGCUGCUGAGGUGCCUGAGUGACCCCGGGCCUCACGCCGAGGACGAAGACGAGGAUGAACCCUUCCUGCCUUAAAAAGUUGUCACGUGGAGGAAGGUGCGUGGAAGAGGAAAAAAAAAUACAAAGAGCCAUUAAUCCUUUCGUUGUCAUCGCUCUUUACUUUUAAGAGACUCAGUCACGGUUACGAGACAUUCAGGAAUGAACUAUGCAUUACCAAAGGGACUGUUUGACGUUUUCAAUGAUAAUUUCAUUUUGUUUAUCAUUUCUGAGAGGCGAGAUUCUCCAGUGCGACAGCGAAAAAUCAAAGCCAAUCACAACCACGCCGUCACUUGAAAUCACGCAGAGUGGGGAAGCGCUAGUCGCAUAUUUUUGCCUUAUUUUAUGUCACUUUUUGCAUUUUUGUUGUUGUUGACAGCGCUGCCUUUUAAUUUCAGGGAUUGUAUAUCAGCUGGUAUAAAGUAGUAAUAUGGCCACUUUAAAACUAAAAUAAUUGCAGUAUGAACUUGGGCUGCCACAAUUAAUCGACUAAUUGCUAACUAUCAAUAGUUUAGAGCACUGUUGUUUUCGUCAACGAUGACGACAACAAAAAUAUAUGACGAGAUGUUAACGAGCUAAAAACGUGUUUUGGGAGACUAAAACAUAACUAGAACGAGACAAAAAUUCGCAAUAGUUUCCGUCACUUGUUAUGUGUGGUUAGCCUGCAUCGUCGCAGUGUCUGGUUGUGUCACUCUUGACAUGCUGCCCCGCCCCCUUCUCCCGACUCAAGCGUGUGUCGUCUCCAGGCUCCAUGCAGGCUUGCGCACAUGGUAAGAUUUGUUUUCCUGGUCAGCGAAAAUAUGCAAUGUUGCCUUUAAAGGGAUCCUCGACCUUAAAUACAUGUAGGCUCUAAUAAACCACAAUUGUUCUCUUGUACUAAAAUAUGUUGUUAGAAACACAUACAAUGUUAAAUCAAUGAGAAUAUUUUAUAAUAUUUAGUAUAUAUUUUGACCAAUAGUUGGCGCCAUGUUUUGAGGGCUCGCAGUGAUGAAGUAAAUGGGAUGUUACGAGUGUGUAGCGCGUUCAACAAUUGCGUAUUGCUGCCUAAACUCGCGAAGUAAAAUGCCACGAUGUGAUGCUUUUGGAUGCAAUUUCCAGUCAAAUGGAAACAAGGGGAGUGACGUGAGUCUCCACAGAUUUCCUGUUGAUAAGAAGAGGAGAAAGGUUUGGCAAAAUGCCGGCAGACUGGCAAAACUUUCCAACGACCUAGGGAUGCACGAUAUCCAUUUUUUGAAACCGAUAUCGAUAACUUCCUGCUCCUCAAAGCCGAUACCGAUAACCGAUAAAUUUUAGAGUUUUUGAACACCUGGAGGUUUAAAAUUUAAAAAACAAAUUUCUAAACUGUGGUGGAUUCAACAUAGAUUUGCCUGUGAUCUCAAUAGAUUUUUCAUAAUGACAUGAACAAAACAGUGCGUUUCACUUCUGCACUGCCCGACAGCCAGCUAGGAAUGAAUGCACUUCCAUAAACCACAAGGCUUGGUCUUUUCUUGCUUUUAUGGGAAGGCACUCGUCUUAAUAUUGUGAAAGUACAACAGAAAAAUACAUAUUCAAUACUCAAUUUACAACAAACUGCGCAAUUAUAUGUAUAGCAUAGCACACUAGCUUGAGCUACUAAAGUAUUGGCUGGCGUCUAUAACACAACAACUUAUGAAGUUCUGUACAUAUGACCCUUCACCACAGAAGUAAACAUUUAUUGCCCAUCCAUAUGUCGUAGUGAACAUAAAAUACUUACAGUAACAGAAAGCACUAACGAUUGUCAAUGCUACCGCUAGACACUGCAAUGUGUAAGUGAAUGAACCAAACUACUGUAACAAAAAAUAGAUGCAGUGAAUUAUUCUGACCAGCAGGUGGCAGCCAUGCCCCGCAAAUGGUCAACAGCCAGCACAGUACAUAUUAUCGGUCCUCUUAAUAAUGUUAUUGGAUUUAUCGGGAUGACGUCAUAAUUCCUAUUAUCGGACCGAUAAUUAUCGGACCAAUAAUUAUCGUGCACCAGUACAAGGACCCAAGGCUUUGUUCUCGGCAUUUUUGUCCUACCGUGUUCAAGGCUUUUAGUCGACGACAACUUAAGAGCUCACCGGAGCAGCUGGAUAUAAGCGCAGACUAAAACCAAAUUCUGUUCCAACCAUUUUCCCUCACAAGAAGCCUCAACGUGCUCUGAUAUCGAGUGAAAUGCGUGCAAUAGAGCGCCAAAGACAAACUGUUGGCAGCUCUUUAGCAGCCAAGCCGCUCCUGUCACUACAGCGGUAGGCGAACCUUCGGGCGUACCGCUAGUCACAGAGGAAGCUAAUAAUUCACUUCUACCGUCAGUUCAUCAGGCAGUAAGCAUGUCUGUUCAGUAUUCACCUAAUAUGAGUGAUGCUGCUACUCAAACUGAUCCAAACACGUCCGAUGCAAUGGUACAAUGGCCAGCUGAUGCGCGUCGAGCAUGGACCACACUUACGUAGCUAAACGUGAGUUGGAUGUACAAGACACGGAGGACACUCGAUCCAGAUGACGAAUUUAAUGAGGACAGUCAGCCACGACACGACUCCGAUCCUGACUAUCACACGGCUGCAUUCAUAGUUUUAUUACCUUCAGUGAGAGUUUAUAAUGUCAACAGUCAUGAAAAUAAAAAUGCACGAAUGACAAGGUGUGUUCAAACUUUUGGCCUUUACUGUAUGUAAAGCACACGGCAGCUCUGGAUGCUAACAAUGUACAUAAUUAUACUGGGAUAAGUUUGAAAACGCAAUAGCUUACCUUGAAGAUCUGCUAACAAAAACCGGAGCUCUCACCAGCAUACACUCUCCCGCUCCGUUGUCAAUGAGACGUACUAGCCGCGAGUACAUCACCAGUUUUGCCCAAGUCUUGUCUUAUCAGGUAUUUGCUGCUCCGCAUUUUGCCCUGCUGGUCGUGUUGUGAACGACCGACAGUGCUGUCCUGUUCUUCACUUUUCCGAUAUGGUUCAAAUUGAAAGAGCAGAACCGACGACACGUUGGGGUUUUAACGAGUGACACGCUGGAAGUUCGGCAACGGGCCCGGUGACGUCACACACAAGAAUGGCGACCUAUCACCUAAAAUAAUUUUACAAGCGCUAUUAAAACGAAAACAUUAAGAGGGGUUUUAAUAUCAAAUUAUUAUAACUCAUACUCACAUUCAUCUUUUAAGAAUUACUUGUCUUAAAGAUCGAGGAUCCCUUUAAAGGUCUGUGCUGAGUGAUCAUCACACACUAAAUUUAACUCGUAGCACUAGCGUAGCAUUUGCGUUCACAUUACUAGUAGGCUUAGGAUAAUGCUAAUGGCGAGCGUCCUCUUAAAAUCUCGGACAGCUUUUUCUAUUUAAAGUUCAUGGCAUGCAGGUGGGUAUAAUUAAUUGAAAGUAACGUAACUCCAGCUACCAGUUAGUAGGCAAAUACGGUAUAUAAUACAAUAUUUUCAAGUAAGUAUGCCCUUUUUUUUUGUUUUUGCAUCUUAAAUCCGAAUCUUCACCAUUUGGUUUUAUUAUUCCUGCACCACUUCUUUCAAAAAUAUUUUUUUUGUUUUGGUUUUUUUCCAUUGUGGCCAUAAUACUCCUUUAUCGGGUUCCCCUUUUCGGUGGGAUGUCAUUUAAAGCUGAUUUCUCCCCCCCCCCCACCACCAUUUUAUCGAUAUGUAGAGUUAGAAAACUCACUUUUCCUAAUUAAGGAAAGAGCAAGACGACGAAUGUUCUGAUGUCAUCCAUCGCACGCUUUAUUUUUAUAAUCCUUCCGAUGUUAAAUGUGUAUUUAAUGUGGAAAGUAGCACCCUUCAAAAGUCACUCCAGCAAACAUAAACAAUCAAAGCUCGCUGUCUUAAAAGCGUACACGCACAUUUUCUUUGCUCGCACUUUCUUCAUCACUGUGCAACGGGAAUCCAUGCUUCGAAAGACGUCUGCAUGGCAUGGCUAAACAAUUAAGAGUUCUAUGCAGCAAAAAAGGGGAGACAAAGUGUAUAAAAAUAUUUAUAUUCUAUUUAUGAACCCUUUAGAUGACAUUAAGAUGUCGAGGUGGAAUAUUAUGAGACGGGAGUCAUGAAUACUUGUUUUAUUGACAUAGGAAAUUACAUUGCACAUGUUUGUUAUGCAGAGUAUGUUAGGGCUACACUGAAAAAGAAGAAAUAUCACUACAAUAACAAGAUAUAUUUAAUAAGUUUAUGGGAGUGUCCGAAAACUUAUAACAUUAUUUCAAGAUCAACAAUACAAGGUGACCCCCAAAAAUCGGGAAGAGAGUGAGUGAAGAAGUACAUGAAACCUUAAAACAUGACAUUUAAAGCAACACUUGGUAACUUUUCAACCUUUUUAAAAUAUUUUCAUUACAUUUGGGAUGAUAUGUUGACUGACAACUAGUUGAAUGACACCGCUUUUAUAUCUUGAGGGGGUCUGUAUCGCAAUUAACUUUGAGGAGGGUUUGCAGGAACCCGCCACACAAAAAGCGGCAUACGCCACUUCCCCCUUUCCCCAUAAAGACAGAAGUCGAUACGAACACUUUCACACGUAUCCUGCAAAGAUGGCAGAGCAACAAGAGACAAAAAGUUUUGCCGGAGGAUGAAAAAAAAAAAAAAGGAAGGCUACCAGGAUACUCAAGAAUACCGAACUUGUCAACGCUGAUGACUUCGGGUGAGGUGGGGGGGGUUAGCCACACUAAGCCACACGGUUGCUAACAGUCAUAUGCUAGUGUUUAGCCUCAACUGGAUUCCUUACCUUAUUACUAUUCAUCCUUCACACAGUCGCUGUAAACAGAAAUGUUGUUCAAUCCAUCUGCAGGUAACAGGGAGAUCAUGAUUUUACAACAUUAUGCGGGUGUGUCCUCAUGGGAAACACAGUCUUCCUUAAGGCAAAAAUACUACCGCUUUUGUCCACCGGCUUUGCUAAAAUCCACAAAAACUGGAAAGUUACGUAGUGUUGCCUUAAGAGACAAUUAUGGAAUUUUCACUCAAAAUGAAAAAUGGCGUCCUCCUGCAUUCUUGAAAUCUGCUACAGGAAUUUUUGGGUAUUGGCAGUAGGGGUGUGACAAUAUAAAUAGCUGACAUAUCGCCAUACUUUCUAACCCAAAAUGUUAUCGAUCUGCUGUCACCAAGAAUUAACGAAUUUUCGUAAGCUGCCACCCUCCCACUUCAAACGAAUUGGACGUCUACGAGUAAAAUUCACAGCAGAAGGGCUUGUUUUUCUGUUGAUUACCGUAAUUUUCGCAUUUGUUCACAGAAAAGCCGCACUGGACAAUAAGCCGCAGCCGUCCUAAUUGUGUUAUGGGAUAUUUACACCAAAAGAUAUUAACCAGUAACAGUAAUUUACAUCGGCAUUAUAAGACUGUCAUGAGACCAAAUGAACCACCAUUAUUGCUUCAAGAAGCUUCAUUUGGCCAUCACUGCUCCCAUGGGGGAGACUGUCAACCUCUGCUGCCACCUGCUGUCAACACUGUUGUCGUCCAACAUGCCUCCUAGCAUGCAUUGCAGCAUUACGGAUGUGGAUAACAAUCAAAAUGUUCUGUGCUAAUUAUUUAUUCAGUUACUGUUCCAGUUUCAUAAUUGCUAGUUCUGGUAUUUGGUAACACUUUCUUUGACAGUGGCGCCACAAGACUGUCAUAAGACCAUCAUAAUUAUUACAUGACACUGCCGUGAGCAUGAAUGAAUGCUUAUGACAGAUGUCAUUUUGUGUCAUCCGGCACAUUAUCUCACUUUUGAAUGGAGGUAAAACAGUGGUCCCCAACCUUUUUUACACCACGGACCGGUCUAAUGUGGGCUUUUUUUUGCGGACCGGCAGUGUGUGGCAGAAAAUGACAGUAAAUAUAAAAUAACACGACAGGGCUAAAAAUGAAUAUUAAGUGCAGGGAAAAUGUCACUCAGCAUGCGCUGAAUCAACCUUUUUUUAACAGCGGCAUCUCCUGAAACUUUACGGCAAAUAUCUGCGGUUGCAAGCAAAAUGAGGUUUCUUGGCUUUUGCAAAAUGGUUCGCCAUAAGGUAUGAUGCUUUCAGUGGAUUCGCUUUUAUUGCCUCGUUUUUUUUAGCUUUUAGCCAUGUACUAUGCAGAAUGGACUUAGUUGUAGGCUCCUCUUCUGGCUUCGCAGCUGGCCUUUUCCCCAUAAAAAAGCUGUCCAAAGACGUCUCCGCCCGCAGCAGAUAGCUAACAGCAGCUGAAGUUACUGUUUACAUUGACAGGCUGUGGGCUACAUUAGUGUGCAAACACACCAGUAAUUACAGCCAACCGCUAGAUGGCGACCUACACAAAGCUUUACUCGGAUUAGUCUGUAGAGUAGCCAGGGAUAUUGCUGUGUCAAGGCCACAGUCACAGGCCAGAUUGCGGUCAUUAACAAAUAGUUUAUUAUUUCUCUGCGGCCCGGGAGCAAAUGCGCCAUGGACCGGCACCCAUGACAGUGUCAUGUCAUAAUUAUGACCAUCUUAUGGCAGUCUUAUGACGGCGCUGUCAAAUAAAGUGUUACCUAUUAACCCAAAUAAAUCAACAUAUAAGCAGCUCUGGACUAAAAGUCGCAGGAUUCAAAAUGAGUGUUAAAAUUAGCGGCUUAUAGUCCGAAAAGUACGGUAUUUGUAUCGUAGAAUGAUUUCUUGACCAACGUAUCGAUAAUUGUCGUAUCGGCAUAUGGUGAGAUCAUGGUUAUCGAGAUCCUUUUAUUACAAAUCAUCGUACCAUGAUCAGGACCUGAAAUAUUUUAACACUUAAACUCGACAUUACAGUCCUACACACCGUUUUACCUUUGAUUUUGACACUCCACUCACCCAACCACGGCCUGUUUACACCCCCAAACUGGGUCCUAUGGAGUCCCUGGCGCGGGUGCGCAAGUACCCGCAGCAUCCCCCUAAGCUACGCCCUGGUACAGGAGGACAACAUUUAAAGAACGUCAUUCUCCCCAAAAAUGACCUUUUUUUAUGUGCUGUGAGUUUGUUAAGUAAUCCUAUAAUUUAAAAUUAUAUCAUUUUAACACCCACAUUUUAAAAAUGUGACAUUUCUCUCAUAAUAUAUGGAAUAUUAUUAAUGGAAAUAUUACAACUCCUAUUGCGUCGUCUUUUAAUGUUGAGAGUUUCUUUCUGGAACGUUGAGAGAUAUUUUGUUCUUAUAAAUAACAUUGGGAUGGUUUAGCAUGUUCAUAUUAAGAAUUUAGGUGCCGUUUUUUUUCCAUAAUGUCACAAAUAAUUUAUCCUCACGAUAUUGCAACUUUUACUAUUAAAAAAAAAAAAAAAAAAAGACUUUUUGUCGGGACCUUAUAUCUCAAAAUAUUACAACUUUCAUAAUAUACAUAUUGUUCUUUCAAGAUUAAUAAAGCAUUUUUUAAGUACGAUAAUUUGUCUGGGGAAAAAAAAAACGGGUACAUUAUUCUCGGAACAUUAUGACUUUUUGUAGCACUCAUUACUCUUCCGUCAAUAUGUUUUUUGAAUAUAUGUAUAUAUACACAUAUAUUUUUUGUUUUUUUUAUAGACUACGUAACUCAUUUUUCCUAACAAAAAAGUCAAAAGCCAUUUUUUCCCUCAUAAUGAAACUUUUUUUUUUUUUCCCCCUUUCAGAACUUUAGAACUUCUAAGAAUAUUCAGAAUUUAUUCUCACAAUUUAAGGACUUUUUUCCAGGUUUUCAGUGUGACCCUAAUUCUCAUUUUCAUUGCAAAAAAAAACAACAACAAAAAAAACAACAACAUUUUCACAACAUAUCAGAUGAUAAUCAUCAACCGAAACUGUCGUUGAGUCAAAACAAGUGCUGGUCAGAAAGUUUAGCAACCUCUAGUGUAGACAUGUGUAAAUGCAGUUCUUGUAUGUUAAUAUUCACUCAAUAUUUUUCCAAAGAGUGUUUAAUUCACGAGGACAGAAGGGAUAUUUUGAGAGCGAAAUACGCGUUUCCACGGACAUUGUUUGCGUUCAAAAGCCGCUUUCUGUUUUGAACUUGAUGAAAUCUGACUUUGCAGAAUUUUAUCAUAGCUUUUGCUCUGUGUUUUAAAACCCUAUGUGCUGUUUUUUCUUUUAUUGCCUUUUGAAUUCAUUGAGUGUCUUUCAUAGCUUUACAUGAAUUGUGUACGGAGCUUCCCGCGUGCCUGGGUAGACAAAAAAACAAACAUUUUUAAUAUAUAAUCUGUACCCACAGUUUGCUAAACUGUACCCACAGUUUACUAAUCUGUACUCACAGUUACUAACCUGAACACACAGUUUACUAAACUUUACCCACACUUCAGCAAUGACCCGGAAACAGUAAUCCCUAAUUUGGUUUGCUGGAAACUCCUAAAGACGAUGGACCAAACAACCAAGCAGCUAAAUUUGUACCCACAGGUUGCCAAAUUUGUACCCACAGUUUGCCAAAUUUGUACCCACAGUUUGCCAAAUCUGUAACCACAGUUUGCUAAAUCUGUAACCACAGUUUGCUAAAUCUGUAACCACAGUUUGCUAAAUCUAUACCUACAGUUCGCUAAAUCUGUACCCACAGUUUCGUAAACUGUACCCAUAGGUUGCUAAUUUGUACCCACAGAUUACUAAACGGUACCUACGGUAUGGCAUGUUUUGUACGCACAGUUUAGUAAUCUGUACCCAGAGAUUACUAAACUCCGUACAAAACAUGCCAUAUGGAUUAAUAUCAUCUGAAAGCGACAGUGUUCAUGGCUACCGAAGAAAACAUGUAUUAGUUACCUUUUAAAUUAAAACAAUUCAGUUUGUCAAGGACAACCUGUGUACAGCUGCUUGCUUGUUUGGUCCGUUGACAUUUGGAGUCUGCGGCAACCAAAUCUGGACUAUUGUUUCUAGGACAUUGCUAAACUGUGGGUACGGAAUACUAAAUUGUGGGUACAGUCAACCUGUGGGAACAGUUUAGUAAACUGUGGGUCCAGUUUAGCUGCUUGCUUGUUUGGUCCAUCGGCUUUUGGAGUCUCCAGCAAACCAAAUUGAGGACUACCGUUUCCGCGUCAUUGCUAAACUGUGGGCAAAGAUUAGUAAACUAAGGGUACAGUUAAAGAAACUAUGGGUACAGAUUAGAAAACUGUGGGUACAGAAUACUAAAUUGUGGGUACAGUUCAGUAAACUGUGGGUACAGUUUAGUCAACUGUGGCCUUAGAUUACGAAACUGGGUAGUUUCCUAAACUGUGGCCAUAGAUUACGAAACUGGGUACAGUUAACUAAACUGAGGGUAGAGAUUACUAAACUGUGGGUAUAGAUUAUUAAACUUUGGAUACAGUUUGGUAAACUGUGGAUACAUUUUGGUAAACUGUGGAUACAGUUUAGUCAACUGUGGGUAGAGUUUAGUCAACUGUGGUACAGUUUAGUAAACUGUGGGUACAGUUUAGUAAACUGUGGGUACAGAUUACAAAAUUGUGGCCAUAGAUUACGAAACUGGGUACAGUUUACUAAACUGAGGGUAGAGAUUACCCAAUUGUGGGUAUAGAUUAUUAAACUUUGGAUACAGUUUGGUAAACUGUGGAUACAGUUUGGUAAACUGGGUAGAGAUUACUAAUGUGUGUAUAGAUUAAUAAACUGUCGAUACAUUUUGUUAAACUGUGGGUACAGAUUGCUAAACUGCAGCUAGAGUUUGCCGAAUAUUGGGGACAGAUUAGUAAACCGUGGGUACAGUUUGGUAAACUGUGGGUACAUAUUACAAAAAUGUGGGUACAGAUUACAAAACUGUGGCCGUAGAUUACGUAACUGUGGGUACAGUUUACUAAACUGUGAGGUACAGAUUACUAAUCUGAUAGUUCCAAAUAAGUAAACUGUGGUCACAGAUUACUAAACUGUGGGUACAGAUUACUAAACUUUGGACACAGAUUAGUAAAUUUUGGGGACAGUUUCGGAAACUGUGGGUACAGAUUACAAAACUGUGGGGACAGAUUACGAAACAGUGGGUAUAGAUGAGUAAACCUUGGAUAGUUUAGUAAACUGUGGGUAGAGUUUAGCGAACCGUGGGUAGAGUCUAGCGAACCGUGAGUACAGAUUAGUGAACCGUGGGUACAAUUUAGUGAACCGUGGGGUACAAUUUAAUUAACCGUGGGGUACAGAUUACUGAACUGUGGGUAGAGUUUAGCUAACUGGGGGUACAGAUUUAGAUGAUUUCUUGUUUGGUUCGUCAGUUUUUGGAGUCUCCAGCAAACUAAAUUGAAGACUACGGAUUUCGGGUCAUUGCUAAACAGUGGGUAAGGUUUAGUAAACUGUGGGUACAGUUUAGCAAACUGGGUACAAUUUAGCUGCUUGCUUGUUUGGUCCAUCGGCUUUUGGAGUCUGUAGCAAACCAAAUUGAGGAAGUCAGUUUCUGGGUCAUUGCUAAACUGUGGGCACAGAUUACUAAACUGUGGGUACAUAUUACCUAUGAAAAAUAUUUUUUUUCGACUCUGGCACCAGGGGAGCUCCGUACUUACCAGUCGCUAAUGUACCUUUUAAUUUGCAUAUGUAUGUUGUGCGCUGUAUUGAUACAUAUAAUGUGCUUUACAUAUCAUGUUUACAUUGCUCUACAAGCUUAAACUGAAAUGUUUAAACACCUUCAGAUCCGUUCAGAAUACAAUCUUGAUACAUUGACAACUGGAUUACAUGUUAUUUAAAUUCAUUGGUUUCACAAUAAUGCGCUUAAAGUGCGUUGUAAUUCAAUUUCUCCCUCGGUUAGGUUUCUUUGGUCAAGUGUGAAAAAACUAAAAAUUAAAAACUAAAGAUUUUGGAUGUUAUUUCUCAGGUUAAUAACUGUUAUGUGUUAUGAUUUUUUUUUUUGUUCUAAUAAUCUUAUUGCUUAGUUCUUGUCACAUUUUUAAUUUGAUCUCUUAACACAUUCGUGUGAGGGUUUGACCCUUUUCUCAACCAAGUUUUUUUUUUUACUCCUGACUGGAGGUGCGACAAUAUGGUGAUGUAUCGCGAUAUGAACGAUAUAUUGAUUCUUGGCAGGAGCAUAUCGCUAACCUUUGUCACCAUGUCACUAUGUCACCAUUUUGGUGUGUUGUUACACCCCUUGUGUCAUAGCAGGUUACUUCAAUGCAGUAUGAGUUCACCCACCCAAAGAUUGCUAUUUUUCUUCGAGUUACCUCACAGCGCUCUCCUCUCUCGAUGUUAAUGACGCCACCACGAGCACUUUAACGGCGCAGAAGAAACCUUUAUCUCCAAGCGACGUCAGUCAGAGCAAUAAGUCGCAUACACAUCAUCGCUUCAUGACAGGUCUUUAAAAAUAAACCAAGAUGGUUUUAGCGGGAGCCAUUUCCCACUCGCUAGGAAAGUCUUUUACGAUAUACUUUAUUUACUACUAAUCCUGGUCUUUCGUAGGUUGCUUCGUUAGCAUUUCCUGUGCGGAAAAUUAUUAUUUUUGAUAUACGUUAAAUGGAAAAAUGUAUAUAUACAAAGAAAUGUAUGUAUUCAAAAUGUAUAAUUGUAAUGUACAAAAAAACUAUGAAGCGUGCACUUCCCGGAUGAUUUGUCAUAAAGCUUUGAGCAUUCCAUUCCUGUAAUAACGAUCUCUAUCAAACUAACAGAAUAUAUCUCUACCAAAAUAAAGGUUUACUUUUUAACA